AUGGAAGGAGACGGGGCAAGCCGACCCAGGCGGGCUGUAAUUUGUGGGUCACAAGGAUUAUUAGUUUCUCCAAAUCAUCCAUAUUUGGAAGGGCAUCUCGAGCAUAUCAACAUCAUUUACAAAACUUCGAGGAGAAAAAACUCCUUUCCACUCAACCCCCAAGCCCUCAUCACAGGUCCCGGGAUUUGGGACUCCCUGCAGCAACCAGGACUCAGAAGGUCAAGCCCUGGAGUGCGGGAGAGGAAGAGGGCUGCGUUCCCAGCCAGCAAAGGCCAGGAGGAGGAGGGCAAUUUCCAGGAGGAAAAAAGAGAUGGGGUGGCGAGUCCCAGGCAUGCGCAGGAGAUGCCGCAGCCUUCGGACUACGAUUCCCAGAAGAGAUUCUGCCCUCCAGACAGUCACCUUCAGGAGAGCAAGGACGGUUUCCUUCUGGUCCUGCCCGAAGCCUCCUCCCUGGUCCCCCGCCCCCUCAAUGGAGAAGUGGGAAUCUGUAUCCUUCUUAAAGACAGUAGAAUUCUUUCUCUGCCUGAAUCGGUGACAUUCAAGGAUGUGGCUGUGGAAUUCACCUGGGACGAGUGGGAACAUUUGAAUCCAUCUCAGAAAAAGGUGUACAGGGAUGUGAUGCUGGAGAACUAUAGGAAUUUGGUCUUCUUGGGAUUCACAGUUUCCAAACCAGAUGUGAUCUACCAUUUGGAAAGAAAAGAAGCAUUUUGGAGGCCAGAGGCAAAUAUUCCAAGAAACUAUUGUCCAGAGAGCAAAGAAUUUACAGGAGAUAAUCCUUAUGAUGGUGGUGAAUAUACAAAGACUUUCAGGAGCAAUGAACAUCUUCCUGUGUUUCAGAGAAUUCACACUGGGGAAUUUUUUUAUGAACAUAAGGAGUACGGGGAAACCUUCCUCUGUAAUGCGGAACUUUUAAAACAUCAAAGAAUUGAUACUAGAGAGAAACCUUAUGAAUGUAGUAAAUGUGGUAAAGCCUUCAAGAAUAACAUACAACUUAAUGUUCAUCAGAGAAUUCAUACUGAAAUUCUUCAUGAAUGUGAGGAAUUUGGGAAAGCCUUCCAUUGCACCUCACAUCUUAAUCAUCAUUCUGGAGAGAAAUCUUAUGAAUGUAGUGAAUGUGGGAAGACCUUCAGGUGGAAGACACAACUUACUGUGCAUCAGAGAAUUCAUACUGAAGAGAAACCUUAUGAAUGUAGUAAAUGUGAGAAGACUUUCAGGAGUAAGACACAACUUACUGUGCAUCAGAGGAUUCACCCUGUAAAGAUUUGUUUUGAAUGUGAGAAGUGUGGAAGGGCCUUCUCUCACAACUCAGAUCUUAUUAAACAUCAGAAAAUUCAUAAUGGAGAGAAACUUUAUAAAUGUAGUGAAUGUGGAAAGGCCUUCAGGAGGAAGACACAUCUUACUGUUCACGAGAGAAUUCAUACUGGAGAGAAACCUUAUGAAUGUAGUGAAUGUGAGAAGACCUUUGGGAGUAAGAUACAACUUACUGUGCAUCAGAGAAUUCAUACUGGAGAAAAGCCUUAUGAAUGUAGUGAAUGCGGGAAGGCCUUCAGAAGGAAGACACUACUUACUGUGCAUCAGAGAAUUCAUACUGGAGAGAUUCUUUAUGAAUGUAAAGAAUGUGGGAAGGCUUUCCCCUACAACUCAGUACUUAUUCAACAUCAAAGAAUUCAUUCUGGAGAAAAACCUUAUGAAUGUAGUGAAUGUGGAAAGGCUUUCAUGAGGAAGUCACAGCUUAAUGUGCAUCAGAGAAUUCAUACUGGAAACAUGCUUUAUGAAUGUAAGGAGUGUGGGAAGGCCUUCUAUCAUAAUUCAGAUCUUGUUAAACAUCAAAAAAUUCAUAAUGGAGAGAAACCUUAUGAAUGUAGUGAAUGUGGAAAGUCCUUCAGGAGGAAGGAACAUCUUACUGUUCACCAGAGAAUUCACACUGGAGAGAAACCUUAUAAAUGUAAUGAAUGUGGAAAAGCCUUCAGUAGGAAAACACAUCUUACUGUUCACCAGAAAAUUCAUGCUGGAAACAUGCUUUAUGAAUGUAAGGAGUGUGGGAAGACUUUCCCCUACAACUCAGCAUUUAUUGUACAUCAAAGAAUUCAUACUGGAGAGAAACCUUAUACAUGCAGUGAAUGUGGGGAGGCUUUUUCAUACAACUCAGAACUCAUUCGACAUCAAAGAAUUCACACUGGAGAGAAACCUUAUGAAUGUAAUUUAUGUGGGAAAGUCUUCAGGAGGAAGUCACAGCUUACUGUACAUCAGAGAAUUCAUACUGGUGAAAAACCUUAUGAAUGUGGUGAAUGUGGAAAGGCCUUCAGGAGUAAGAAACAUCUUACUGUUCACCAGAGAAUUCAUGCUGGAAACAUGCUUUAUGAAUGUAAGGAGUGUGGGAAGACUUUCCCUUACAACUCAGCAUUUAUUGUACAUCAAAGAAUUCAUACUGGAGAGAAACCUUAUUCAUGUAGUGAAUGUGCAAAGGCCUUCAGGAGUAAGACACUGCUUACUGUGCAUCAGAGAAUUCAUACUGGAGAGAUUCUUUAUGAAUGUAAAGAGUGUGGAAAGGCUUUCCCCUACAAUUCAGGACUUAUUCAACAUCAAAGAAUUCAUACAGGAGAAAAACCUUAUGAAUGUAGUGAAUGUGGUAAGGCUUUCAGGAAGAAGUCACAGCUUACCGUGCAUCAAAGAAUUCAUACUGGAGAAAAACCUUAUGAAUGUAAUGUAUGUGGGAAGACCUUCCGCCGAAAUGUACAUUUUGCUCAACAUCAGAGCAUUCAUAUUGGAAAGAGACAUUAUAAAUGUAAUGAAUGUGAGAAGACUUUCAAACUGAAGAAUCAACUUACUCGACAUCAAAGAAUUCAUGCAGGAGAGAAGCCUUAA